AUGCUCGAGCGGGCGGCCGGCUGCCUCGAGAGCGCAGGAAGGCGCUUUCUUCGAGACUCAAACAGCACCAUUCGCUCUCGGAAAAGCUUAUCGAGGAAUUUCUGGAAGCAAAAUGCUGUGAUAGGGGAUGUUGCGAGCUUCUUCUUCGCUCUAGCCCUUCCGCUCAGCCAUCAAUCAUCAACCUGCAGAUUCCGAUCUCAAGUCACGCGCGGACCUGAAAGAGAUGGCGGAACGCCUUUCCUCGACUUUCUCUACCCUCGUCGAUCCCAGGAGCUUGCGAUAGAACGACUCAAACGUCAUGGAAAGCGUUUUGGUCUCCGCCGACGGAAGCGAGCUUUAGUCAGCUUCUCAAGGUCCUAUGCGUCCAACGCCACCUCCCCGUCCCAUUACACCACACUCGAAGAGCCACGUACAACUGGACCGCAAACGACAAAUACUGGAUUGGAAGCAACGAGGUCUUCUGAAGGGUAUCUAUUAGACUUACUUGCGAAGCAGAAAGCUGAUUUCGAUCGAGCGUGGGUGCUUUACAUUGCUGCCGGACGACCGUCAAGCUUGCGUUCUGCAUUGUGUGCUUAUCUGAGUCGGUCAACGGACCAGACAGACAGGGAUCGUGCGUGGGAGGUGUUUCAAGAAAUUCCCGAGGCAGUCCUUGGGGAGAAUGACUUUUUACAUGCCGCUCAAUCCCAGCUCGGUUCUCAUGAUCCCUCAAAGCUGCUCGCGUUGUGCGAAAAAGGGCUCCAACGAGGCUGCGGGCUAAAAUGCUGCACGUUGACAUUCACGCGCUUUUGGAAAGCUCGAAACUGGAAGCGCACGCUGGAAGUCUGGCGCUUGGUGACUCAGUUUGCUGAACACGUCCCUGGGUCGCCCUACCGGAAGCUGAUCAGCGAACUCGAAAAAGGUCGUCUCUCCUGGGAUGCUGUGGCACUAGGAAAGUUUGUUGCCCGAAGUCGAAAUCCAGAUGGUCGCUUGCUGGCCGGCUUCAUCCUCGACCAUAUUUUUCGAUACUCCUACAUGCUACGAUCUGCGUCUACGGGAAUUCUUGUCGAACUGUUUCGAGUCUAUCACGACAUGGAUGCAUUGAAGCCCGAAUACUAUUUGAAGACUCUUGGAACGUUUCAGGCGAGCGAAGUCAGAUCCGUCUUCAUACGGACUAUUGUGUUCUAUCGGAUCAUGCGGCGGCAGAUGCCGGAUCUGAAACCCCCUCAAUCAUUCUACACUGCGCAGCUGAGGGCAUUUGCCCAAUUCGGGAUUACCUCAGGCAUCCGCUAUUUUCUCGAUGAGAUGAGGCACUUCUACGGCAUGCCGCACUUACAAAUAUACAAAGACGCUAUGCAGUCAUUUGCAUAUGCGGGCGACGCUGAGCAAGUCAACUUUCUGUUUAACAAAAUGGUGGAGGAUCAUGGGCCUCCGCGUAGUCGAAAAUUGCUGGCGCCUCUUCUAGACGUCUACGCACGACUUGGAAACGUGCAGGAGACCAAACGACAAUUCGGAAGGAUUUCUGAUGAAUUUCAUCUUGAGCCAAAUGACGUAUGUUGGAACAUUGUUCUCAAAGCAUAUGCAAAUGAGGAGAAUCUCGCUGGCGCGCUAUCGACCUAUUACCAGAUGAAGCAAGCGGGUGUGCUCCCCAGCGCGCACACUUUUGGCACUCUAAUGGCGCUUUUCGCGAGGCGAGGGGACAUUGAUAACACGCGUCGCUUGCUCAAGGAAGCAGAGCGCCAUGGCGUUGAGAUCACAAUGCCCAUGCUGGAAAUGGUUGUGCAAGCGUAUUGUGCCAAUGGGCUGCUACCCCAAGCCGAACAAUUUGCCGUUGCCUGCCAGGAUUUCAAUGUAAAGGGCUCCCCUAUCGGACUGUGGAAUACACUCCUGUUUCAGCAUGCACUUCGAGUCGAUUUCGUGGCCAUGAAUCGAGUGUGGCAGCUCUUCAAAUCAGCUGGAAUCAAACCUGAUGCCGUCUCAUACGCCAGCCACAUGCUCAUCCUAGCGCUCGUCGGUAAGACCGACCGGGCACGAAAGACCUUGCGAGAUCUGCACAAGAAGCGAGUAUUCCAAGCGACUGAUCUGCAUUAUGCAAUCAUUCUCUUCGGCUAUCUCAAAAGUCGCAACCGGACCAUGGUGCAGGUCAUUUUCAAGGAGAUUGAGGAGCGAUUUGGUCAGGACGAAACGAAGUCGACUUUGCUAGAGCUCAGAGACCAAAUAGAGCUUGAUAUGAGCUGUCGGGAUCCUUCCACCAAGUCCAGUGCAGAAUUGCGAUUGAAGAACGCCGAGCAUACUCUUUUGACCUCGCUUACAUCGAUUGAUCGCCUCACGAAAGGCAUCAAGCUUCCGCCAUCAAAAUCGCAUGUCAAAGCCGCCUUCUUGGAUUCCUUUUAUACUUACCGAAUCAAGAAUCUUGGUCUCAGCGGUGCCAUCGAUGAAGCUCGGCAGCUUUUCGACGAGUACUUGAACAAGAAAAGGAUAUUUGCGGUCAGCGAAUCCGGAUCUGAAUCAGCUCCACUCCGCUUGAUCUCUGCCAUGAUGUUAGCGUAUCUGCAAGCAGAGCAAUACGUGGAGGUAGAGAAGUGCUGGCAACUUGCCUUCUCUAACACAGUCAAAGUGGCAAGUCGUGUUGACAUUGAGGAGCUUACGCGCACUGACUCGCUCGGCGUGUUGUCAAUCCGCGCUGCCACACACGAGUCUCAAAGCGCAACAGGUCAAUCGUCAACACCGCCAACACCGUCAACUUCAAACAUAUCGAGUGAUGCUCAGCCGUCACAGGCUGCUUCGUCUGACAACCAGAAACAUACGCGGGAGAGUGCUGGUAUCAUACCGUCGCAACGGUAUACGUUGUCGCGUCCUUUAUCCAUAUAUAUGCGUGCGUUAGCUUACCAGAGCAAGGCAGAGCACGUUGUCUAUGUCGUUGCGGAGCUUGAACGUCUUGGUUUUCAGCUGAGCACAUUCAACUGGUCAACAUAUGUGCAAAUGCUGGCAGCUUCUGAUAGGUUUGACGACAUACUGGAAGCUUUCCGAGCGUUCGAGCGUCAUUUCAUGCCCAAUUUUCCCGACUGGAAGCGGCUUCAGGCUGGGCAAGGCAUCAAGCCGCUAGGUGUGCCAUUUACCAUUCAGCAGCUCGAAGACAGUCGCCAUUUCCCCCCUCCAUCGUCGAGCCUGGGGAAAGCGUCAAGAACCUAUUGGAGCAAUAUUGACCCAGGUUUCAUGCAGCCGACUUAUGUCUCCAUGGUAUACCUAGCCGCCGCCGUGGACCGCAUUCGAAGCCAAAGCAUAUUGAAAGGUGGCGAGGAACUCGAACGGCUGCAUGCAGUUGCUCCAAAGACAAUUACCGAGAUCGGGCGGAUGCCGUAUCUUCGCGACAAGUUCCAGGGUGUUCUUAUUCGUCAUCGAUCUCAUCAGGCCGAUAAAGACAGGCAGAAGCACUUCCGCCGGCAGACUGUGGCGGCAAGUGGUAUAUUGGGCAUUCGCCCGAGAAAGGGGAAGAAGAAGACUACCCAAGGAUCGAAGCCAUCUCUUGCUGCGAAUGCCCAGGUCCAUCCCGUUGGAACACCCCUUGCUGACUUGGAGGCCGCGAGAUCUCGUGAAGCCAUCUUAGGUCCUUCUCCCGUUGGGCCUGAAGAUGAUGUCUUCACCACGGAAGAUCGAGUCGAUCUUGACUCGGCUAUUCGGGGACGCCACGCCCGACAAGUCCAUCUUCACAGGUUGAGAGCUGCAACAAAACGGUCAGAGCGCAAGAUUAUUGAAGAUCACCUCUCUAGCGUUGAGAGUUCUCCUGAAACAAGCGCGGAAGUUGGUCAAGACACCCAUGGAGACGAAAUCUCGACUGACUUUGCCAACGACUCCACUGGAUAUACACAAACAAUCUCAUCUCCGCAGUACGAGAAGAAGCCAUGA